AGUGGAGGCCCGGCAGGCCCGGCUAGGCUGAGGGGGAGCUGGCGCUGGCGGGGUCGCCGGGCGCCGGCGGGUUCGUCUCCUGCGUAUCCCGCACCUGGCCGGAGCCGAGGACACCGCGGCAUCCCGGGCCUGCGAGGAGCGAUGGAGCCUGGGAAGAAAAGAAAUAAAGAUGACACUUGGAAGGCAGAGGACCUCAGAAAACACCUUUGGGCUGUUCAAUCAGGCAGUCCCAAGGAAGAGAAGAAGCACAGAGAAAAGAAGCUGCACAAGGAGUCAGAUGUGGAUCUCAUCGAAUGCAAAGAGCACAAGUACAGGGACCCAGACCGGGAUGUCCGGCACAGAGAAAGGAUGGGUGAGAGAGACCCACACACCUCUAAGGAGAAUCCUCGUGGAGAGAGAGACCGAGAUAAGCACAGGGAAAGGAGAAAAGAUACAAAAGACCGGGAAAAAGAAAAGUUGAAAGAGAAGUAUCGGGAACAAGAUGCAGAAAAGUCUUACAGUCGAGGAAAGGACAGGGAAAAAGAGAAGGACAGGAGGGCGAGGAAAGAGGAGCUCCGGCAGACCACCACCUACCACAACCUCCUGGGCCGGGAGGCGUGCGAUCGGCAGCUGCCAGACCGGGUGGAGAAGAAGAGCCACUCAGUAAGUAAAGUACGAAUUGAAGAGAAAGAAAGGAGGGAUGAAGAUUCUGAAAGAGGAGAUGAAGACAGGGAGAGACGAUACCGAGAAAGAAAGCUGCAGUAUGGUGACAGCAAAGACAAUCCUCUCAAGUUCUGGCUUUAUAAAGAAGAAGGUGAACGAAAACACAGGAAGGCACGAGAAGCAGAUCGAGAAAAGAAACAUGGAGAGAAAAGCAGCACAAGGGAGAAAAGAGAAAAACAUUCAAAAGAAAAGGGGAGCUCACUCACUGCCAAGAACGGGGAAGAGAGACACAGGGAAAAACGGCACAAAGAAGGCCUUCGUCUCGAUGAUGACAGGCACCGAAGUAGCACGGACAGGAGAGAGAGAUCAUCAAAAGAAGAGCACAAGAAGAGGGAUUCCAAGAAUGGUGAACACAGAAAUCGAGGUGCACGUUUGAAAAAAGAUGGGACUUGCAGCCAGCAUGCAGAUAAUUUAGUGAGGAAUAAUGGAAAAGAUAAAGAUUCAAGAAGGAAGCAUAGCCAUGAUGAUGGCUCCUCAGUGUGGAAGAUGGCUCAGCGGCAGGGAAGUGAAGAGUCAGUGGAGGUUGAAAAAGAGGACAGUGAUGUAGAGAAUGCUGGAGCCGAGGAAUACCCAGCUGGUGCUGAAGACGACUUUGUAGACUAUGAGGACGACUUUGAGGUUUGUGAUGGAGAUGAUGAUGAUAGCAAUAAUGAGCCUGACUCUCAAGAAAAAAGUGAAGAACUUCUUCCAGCCCAGAAAAGGGAGAUACAAGAGAUCCAAAGAGCCAUCAAUGCAGAAAAUGAGAGGAUUGGCGAGUUAUCUUCCAAACUGUUUUUGAAGACAGGUCGAAUGGAGUCUGAAAAGGAAUCGUGGGCAGAUGCAAACAAUUCCCCUUCCAGAGCCCCUGUUUGUGGAAUUUUUGUGGAUUUCGCAACAGCCUCACACCGUCAAAAGAGUCGGAGUCAGGCCCUUAAGCAAAAGACACGAAGUGCAAAACUACUCCGGCUUAUCGAUUUAGAUUUUUCAUUCACGUUCUCUCUCUUGGAUCUGCCUCCAAUAAAUGAAUACGACAUGUAUAUCAGGAACUUUGGGAAAAAAAAUACCAAGCAGGCAUAUGUUCAGUAUAAUGAAGAUAAUGUUGAAAGGGAAAUUCAGACUGAAGACAUAGAGACCCGGGAAGUAUGGACCCAGCAUCCAGGAGAAAGUUCCCUUGUUUCGGAAGGUAGUGAAGAAAGAGUUGUCUCUGAUGCCACAGUUGUACCAAAGAUCAAUACUCCAAGGUUAUCUAGCUUUCUCCGGGCAGCAUGUCAGGUGGUGGCUGUUUUGCUGGAAGAGGACCGCUUGGCAGCUGAACCCAGCUGGAGUCUCAGGGCUGAAGACAGCACUCUGUGCAUUAGUGACAGCUCCUCUCAGUUGAACACCAGCUUGCCAUUCCUUCAAAAUCGGAAAGUAUCUUGUUUGCAUGCCUCUCGAGUACAGAGGCAGAUGGUGGUUUCUAUUCAUGACUUACCUGAGAAGGCUUUCGCCCCGUUGCUGGACAGCAAACACCUUCUCUGCGUGUGGGACAUUUGGCAGCCUUCAGGGCCCCAGAAGGUUCUGAUAUGUGAGUCCAAGGUCACGUGCUGCUGCUUCAGCCCUUUCAAAGCAUUCCUGCUGUUUGCGGGAACUGUGCAUGGCUCCGUGGUCACAUGGGACUUAAGAGAGAACUCCAGGAUACAUCAUUACAUCAGGCUGAGUGAUUGCUUUUGGACGUUCAGGACACCAACAUUUUCCACAGAUGGGAUCCUUACUUCAGUAAACCACCGAAGUCCACUUCAAGCCAUAGAACCUGUUGCCACGUCUGUCUACAAAAAACAGAGCUUCGUGCUUUCACCCUUCUCUGCUAAAGAAGAAAUGUCUGGUUUGUCAUUCCACAUUGCUUCCUUGGAUGAGAGUGGGGUGCUCAAUGUGUGGGUGGUUGUUGAAUUACCAAAGGCAGAUAUCGCAGGUUCAAUGAGUGAUUUAGGUCUGAUACCUGGAGGGAGGAUCAAGUUGGUACACAGCGCUGUGAUCUACUUGGGUGACAGUAUUUCCCGUAAAGACAGUGAAUUCUGGGGGGACACGCAAACACUGAGUUUCAAAUUUCUGCCUUCAGAUCCUAACCACUUUAUUGUUGGCACAGACCUGGGUAUUAUAAGCCAUGGCACGAGACAAGACUUGAGAGUAUCUCCCAAGCUGUUCAAACCUCAGCAACGUGGUGUAAGACCAGUAAAAGUCAAUGUGAUUGAUUUUUCACCAUUUGGAGAACCAAUAUUUUUGGCCGGCUGCGCAGAUGGGAGCAUCAGGCUACACCAGCUGAUGUCUGAGUGGCCACUGGCACAAUGGGACGGCAGCACUGAGGGCCACGCUGUCACCAGCCUGCAGUGGUCCCCGACGAGGCCCGCCGUGUUCCUGGUCCAGGAUGAUGCAUCCAGGGUCUACAUCUGGGAUCUCCUUGAGAGUGACCUGGGCCCUGUGGCCAAGCAGCCCAUCUCUCCAGACAGGCUGGUGGCCAUGACUGUCAUGGGAGAGCCAGAGAAGGCUGGGAGCAGCUUCCUGGCCCUGGUGCUGGCCAGGGCCUCUGGUGCCAUCGAUGUUCAGUACCUGAAGAGGCAGUGGACAACCCCAGAGGCAGAUGAGCAGAGUCGGCUGCGUCUGCUUCUGCAGGAGGCCCUGUGGGAAGAGGGCUGCAGCAGGAGUGAUGAGCACUGCCAGAAGAGUGUGUUCACGUGACAUGCCAACUUAAAAGUUGCCAUCACAGGCACCCGUGUAUCUGUGUACGUAGGAUGUGUGCAUUCUGUACAUAAUUUAUCUUAUGGGAUGUUACCAUGACAUUCCCAGUAAACAAAUCACUAUUUUUGGAUGGAAACAAGUUCCCCUUUAGAAUAUGCUAAACUUCAAAGGAAAUAUUGAGUCAUGUCCAGACGCCUUUUUCUGAGAGUAUUUCAAGUUAUUUUUGGAACAGCUUUAAAAUACUGUCACAUUUAUUACUAGAUUUUAAACAGUCCACGAUGAAAAUGUACUUUAAUGGACUAUUUUCUUUUCAUGCAUAAAAUGAUACACACAUGUCUAAAUGAAAAGGAAUCCUCCACUG